GGGGUGGAGUGUAGGGUUACAGUGACGAGCCCGGGCGACCCUCCCCGACCCGCGCGCGGGGAGCGGGGAGCGCGGGCGGCGGCGGGAGCGCGCGGGACUCUCUAGGACCCAGCUGCGGUUGUCGGGCUUGGGACUGGAGGUGAAGCCCUGGCAUUUCUCUCCUUCCUGUGUGAAUGGGGUUGAUUGUCGGGCACCACUUCCCCGCGCUGCCCCACGCCAUGCCCAGAGCGCUGCCCAGCAGCCGCCUUCCCCCGCCGCGGGACUGAACUAGCCAUGAUCGCCUCAUGUGGAGGGCAAAGUUGCGCCGGGGAACUUGUGAGCCUUCGGUGAAAGCACCCGCUCCUGUCUCUUACAGCCCCAGCAGUCCUGUGCAGAUUCUAGAAGACACCAGCUACUUUUUCCCAGACUUUCAGCUCUACUCUGGGAGGCAUGAAGCAUCUGCUUUGACGGUGGAGGCAAACAGUAGCAUCAGGGAAAAAGUUGAGGAUCCUCUUUGUAACUUCCACUCCCCGAACUUCCUGAGGAUCUCAGAGGUGGAAAUGAGAGGUUCCGAGGAUGCAGCAGCUGGAACAGUAUUGCAGCGGCUGAUCCAGGAGCAACUGCGGUAUGGCACCCCCACUGAGAACAUGAACUUGCUAGCCAUUCAGCACCAGGCCACAGGGAGUGCAGGACCAGCCCACCCUACAAACAACUUUUCUUCCACGGAAAACCUCCCUCAAGAAGACCCACAAAUGGUCUACCAGUCAGCACGCCAGGAACCGCAGGGUCAGGAACACCAGGUGGACAAUACGGUGAUGGAGAAACAGGUCCGGUCCACACAGCCUCAGCAGAACAAUGAGGAACUGCCCACUUAUGAGGAGGCCAAAGCCCAGUCACAGUUCUUCAGGGGGCAACAGCAGCAGCAGCAGCAGCAACAACAACAGGGGCCUGUGGGACACGGUUACUACAUGGCUGGGGGCACCAGUCAGAAGUCCCGCACUGAGGGGAGGCCCACGGUGAACCGUGCCAACAGUGGACAGGCUCAUAAGGACGAGGCGCUGAAAGAACUGAAGCAGGGCCAUGUCCGCUCUCUGAGUGAGAGAAUCAUGCAGCUGUCGUUGGAGAGGAAUGGUGCUAAGCAACACCUCCCUGGCUCAGGGAAUGGAAAGGGGUUCAAAGCAGGAGGUGGGCCCUCUCCGGCCCAGCCUGCUGCAAAAGUGCUAGACCCUCGUGGUCCUCCCCCUGAGUAUCCCUUCAAGACCAAGCAAAUGAUGUCCCCGGUCAGUAAGAACCAGGAUCACGGACUUUUCUACAGUGACCAGCACCCUGGGAUGCUUCACGAGAUGGUCAAGCCUUACCCUGCUCCUCAGCCUGCUAGAACAGAAGUGGCCGUGCUGAGAUACCAGCCACCCCCAGAGUAUGGGGUUACAAGCCGCCCAUGCCAACUUCCGUUCCCGUCGACCGUGCAGCAGCACAGCCCCAUGUCCUCCCAGACCUCCUCCGUCAGUGGGCCACUGCACUCCGUCUCCUUGCCACUUCCACUUCCAAUGACCUUGGCAGCUCCACAGCCCCCGCCUUCCGCCUCCCCCAGCCAGCAGCUUGGUCCAGAUGCGUUUGCAAUUGUGGAGCGCGCCCAGCAAAUGGUGGAGAUACUAACUGAGGAGAACCGAGUGCUUCACCAGGAGCUUCAGGGUUACUACGACAAUGCUGACAAACUCCACAAGUUUGAAAAAGAGCUCCAGAGAAUUUCAGAAGCCUAUGAGAGUUUGGUGAAGUCUACCACCAAGCGAGAGUCACUGGACAAGGCCAUGAGAAACAAACUGGAAGGAGAGAUCAGAAGACUUCAUGAUUUCAACAGAGACCUCCGAGAUCGUCUGGAGACAGCCAACAGGCAGCUGUCCAGCAGGGAGUAUGAAGGACAUGAGGACAAAGCUACAGAGGGGCAUUAUGCUUCCCAGAACAAAGAAUUCUUAAAGGAAAAGGAGAAGUUAGAGAUGGAGUUAGCAGCUGUGCGAACUGCGAGUGAGGACCAUCGGAGACACAUUGAGAUCCUGGACCAGGCUUUGAGCAAUGCCCAGGCCAGAGUCAUCAAACUGGAAGAGGAGCUGCGAGAGAAGCAAGCCUACGUGGAGAAAGUUGAGAAGCUGCAGCAGGCCCUGACCCAGCUGCAAUCUGCAUGUGAGAAGCGAGAGCAGAUGGAGCGUAGACUGCGAACAUGGCUGGAGAGAGAGCUGGAUGCACUGAGGACCCAGCAGAAACAUGGAAAUGGCCAGCCAGCCAGUAUGCCAGAAUACAAUGCUCCAGCCCUCAUGGAACUCGUGCGGGAGAAGGAGGAGCGGAUCCUGGCCCUGGAGGCUGACAUGACCAAGUGGGAGCAGAAGUACCUGGAGGAGAGCACCAUUCGGCACUUCGCCAUGAGUGCUGCAGCCACAGCUGCAGCUGAGAGUGUGAACACCAGCCUGCCCGUUUUGUGUCUGUUUGUGUUGAAAACAAGCAAGAAGGCUCCUGUUAUCCAGUGCAUGUCCUGUGUUCCCAGGGACACCACGAUCAUCAACCACUCGAGGAAUGGCAGCUACGGCGAGAGCUCACUGGAGGCCCACAUCUGGCAGGAGGAGGAGGAGGUGGUGCAGGCCAACAGGAGGUGUCAGGACAUGGAAUACACUAUUAAAAAUCUCCAUGCCAAAAUCAUAGAGAAGGAUGCCAUGAUUAAAGUCCUUCAGCAGCGAUCCCGUAAGGAUGCUGGGAAGACUGACUCCUCCAGCCUGCGGCCAGCUCGCUCUGUCCCAUCCAUUGCAGCGGCCACUGGGGCACACUCCCGCCAGACCUCACUUACCAGCAGCCAGCUGGCCGAAGAGAAGAAGGAAGAGAAGACCUGGAAAGGUAGCAUAGGGUUGCUGCUAGGAAAAGAGCACCAUGAGCAUGCUUCUGCCCCUCUGCUGCCAACCCCACCGGCUUCUGCACUGUCCCCUGCGGCCUCCACAACGUCAGCUAGCAGCGCCCACGUGAAGACGGGCAGCAAGGACAGCAGCACCCAGACCGACAAGAGCACUGAACUCUUGUGGCCCAACAUGGCCUCGCUCCCCAACCGCGGCAGGCUGAGCACCACCCCUUCCAACAGCCCUGUCCUGAAGCACCCAGCCACUAAAGGGACCGCGGAGAAACCUGAGAAUUCUCCCGGCCACGGGAAGUCACCGGAGCACAGAGGCCGUGUCAGCAGCUUGCUACACAAGCCCGAGUUCCCUGAUGGAGAAAUGAUGGAAGUUCUCAUUUAACUCUGUCAUCCCUGCUGAAUUUCAUUAUGGAACACAAACAAGGAGAGUGGCAGAGGAAAAGAAAGAUCAGGAAGGUUGCAGAUGGGAAACCAGGAAUGAUGUGAACUGAUAAAGAGUUCAAAUUAAUAAGAACAUUUUUUAUAAAUGUUAAAAACCAGAGACCUACAUGACUGCAGAGAGAAGAGAAUGCUAUGAAUUUUUAUUGCAUAUAGCAGAAGGGAGAAGAUACAUGUAGGUUUGGAAACAAAGUUAAGAAGAAAUAGGAAAUGGAGUUUUUUAUUGUAUAGAAAUUGUACCUCCUGGGAAGGCUCCAUGUACCCCCAUCUCUGGUUAUAAACAGGAAAACCUGAACAUGGGCCUUCCUUGGAAUAUCCCCAUUCUCCUUGCCUCUUAGCAUGUUUGGCUUAAGAAGAACCUUCUAGAAAUCUCUAGAGCCCAUCUCGAUAUAAUAUAGCCCCCUGGCUGUUGUGGGGUGUCCUAUGAGUGUGUGUAGGCUUGGCAGUGAGAAGAAAUGUCCAAGAUCAGGGAGAAUUUUGAAGGCGGGCUUCACCCAAUUACCUCUUUGGUUUGGAUCUUUAGGAGAUUUAUGGGUUUCUUAGGUUUUCUGGAUUCAGCAGUGUUUUCUAAACAGGAUGGGAGCAUUAUGAUCUUGGUCUUUAUCUUCCCUCACUUCUCUGAGUUUCUCUCUGCUUCACUUUCUUUCAAUUUUUACUUUUUUGUAGUUCUUUCAUUAACUUUCUUUUUAAGAUGUGGCAGCCUUACUUAGGUAUGGGACUUAGGACAGUAGUGUCUGCCUGUCAUCCUUCUCGCUAUGUCUAAUAAUGGCCAGUAGGACAAGCCACCUGCUGGCUCCCCAGCUGCUUCCUCCACCUUUGCACAGUGGGCUGCACCUGUGCAUCUCCUGCUGACUGUCAGCUAGGGAAGCUUUGAUGGGACAGAGGGUUCCAUAGGUCACUGUGAGAUCUUGCAUCAAGACCACGGCGCUGACUUUUUUGUCUCACGUCACCUUUCUUGCAAGGAACCUGACAUAUCCAUACCAUUUUUCUGCCAGAGUAAGACUUUCAGGAUAGCUCUGCAGAAAAUGGAUGACAGUUUACAAACAGUUGACUUGGUAGCCUGGGGAAUCUUGCCAGGCACCCCUGUACUGCUUUCUUGUAUCUGGGGCUCACAAGCUUAUUCACCACUCUCCCCUCCCCUGCACACUCCUCUACUGGCUGUUGCUGAGUCUGCAGACUUCUCUGCCUCAGCUUCUGCCAUGAACUUACUUUGUAAUCUGUCAGGCCAGUAUAUAUACAAUGUGGUCAGGUUUUUCAAGGUUUCAGUUGUGUGGUAGUGUAUCCAAAGUGAGACAGAAAUGCCAUUGGACAAGAACCAGGAGUGAGUGAGGAAGUGGGCCUCUUGCACCCCUGCUGUGAUAUUCAUGCAGCACUGGCUUCCCUUCCAGAUGGAGGAGAUGCUGGCUUAGACAAGAGGGGAAGCUCAUCAGGUGUUAGAUGCUCUUGUAGGGGCCUGAAUCUUUCUCCCAAGUCAGCCGGAUCAAUGCUUUCCCUGGCCCCUUUCCUCAUGCUUCCUUUGGAGAAGCAGGCAAGGGGAAACAAGUUUAAGAUUUGUAAGUACCUCCUAAAUGAACACUGAAGACAACACUACUCAGGAAACUUUGCUUGGGUAGCUUAUUUAGAACUGAUCUUCACAGUGUAACCUGGGCAGAGUUAGAGCAUCCACACACUGAGGUGGUAGAAGGAAGAUGAGAGGUGUGGGCCAGAGGGAAAGGAGGAAAUCCAUGGCUUGCCCAGCAGGCCUCUGAGCUAUCUGACAUGACAGAGUGAGUGGGAGCUGACACUCCAAGCACUGCUGUGGGGUGGGUCCUGAGCUUUGUGCUAUCUGCUUCUCCUCUAGUCUCACAUUGAGCCUCAGAGUAAAAACUACAUAGUGGAAAAGUGAGGCAGCUCUGAGACAUGAGCUGGUCCCAUGACCUGGUGUUUGGAAGUCCUCCUCAGUGGAGAAAGCGUUGAGCAUGGCCAGGGUUGGGGUGGGGCAGAAGAUCCCACCCCAGGCUCUGUUCUUGUCACUUUUCACAAGAAUGAGGUUAAUGGCAACUAACUCUCUUAAAGACAUUUGGACCCCAAUUAAUGUUGGGCAUAGGCCCCAAUAAAUGUUGGAUAUAGACCAGAAAGCAAAGUGUCCAGUGAUGUAAAGUCAUCUCUGCCAGCUCCACUCCCUUGGCUGAGCCACCCCAGACUUAGGCUGUCUCCCCAGCAAUGGGUAAGAUCGAGAGCCACAGCCCACUUUCCCCCAAAUCCUGAUCUGCAUAUUCCAAACACCAAAUUGGCAUUUUUGGGCAUGAGGUUUGCUCUUGUGGGACCUCCUGAAUUUUCAAGCAUCUUUCAGGACACAGAUGGAGACAGGACCAUUUUCCAGGGCUUCAGUUACAGUUGCGUGUGGCUUGUGCAAUCUUUUCUUUCUCCUAACCUAUUACGACCCCUCCUUAUUCUUCUCUGGGAGGCCUCCUGCCAAGCCAGAGCCCUUUCAGCAUCAUAGUUCCCUUGAAAGCUAGCUUGCCUGCAGGUACUGUACAGUGUCUUCCGUCAUCUGAUUUUGGGAAGAAUGCUAGCUAUAUUUUUUAAUACUGACUCUAUGUGAGCACCGUACCUGAGGAGCAGGAACAAGUUUACUCAUUGCAGGAAUGCAGAAACUGGCUCAGGAGAGUGAAGUCUCUUCUCAAAGCCUCACAGCCAGGACAAGCUAGAUCUAAAGCAAAGGCUUAAAGAGGAGCCGAGACCACAGCUGCCUGGCCUUAAACAUGACCGGCAGCACUACAUCUGGAUUCUCUAUCUUUGUGUUUGCAAACACACACACACACACAUAAACACCCCUCUGCUGCACGUCUCAGGGCCUAAAAAAUAGGACUAAACCCACAACUCCUAGAAUUGCCCAUAAACACCAGCAUAGUUGGAAAUCUUUGUGUUCUAUUAUAAGCACAGCUACAAAAUGUAUCUAAAAAAUAUUUGCAGACUGGGGCUGUGGCUCAGUGGUGUGCUUGCCUAGUUUGAUCCCCUGUACUGUAGAUAAAUAAGUUGGUUACAUAUAAAAAUAUUUCCAUGUUGUCCGGAGUUCUGGGCUUUUUCAGAAGUUCCCAGGGGCAUCUGCGCAUAGAACUUGACGGUCGUGUCUCCAGGUGAAGGGUAAACAAAAACUUUGGCUUUGCAUGAAAGUAUCCCAGAGUAAUUUGGCUUCAUCUUUGAAUGGGUUGUCGGGUCAUUUCUGUGUAUUGCCAGGGUAUGAGAUGAAAUAUUUGAAGUUGUUGGGUUUACUAGACAUUUACUAACUAGUUAGUUCUGUACAUAAGAACUAUUACUGCUGUGAGUUCAUAUAACUAAGCUGCCAGGAAAAACAUUAUUUUCAAAAAUAUCACAGCAUGUACAGAACACUUGCUCAGCAUUUUCUUUUCUUGGCAUUCCUUCUGCUUCCCACAGCCUGGUGGCCAGUGACAGUGUGGAGUUCACAUAUUCUCCCCAAGCCUGCAGGGCAGGACUGCCUAGUUCCGCCUGGGCUUUGAUUGGGAGGGCAGGGAUGGCAGAGCCCCUCUGGCUACAGUCCCAUGAGGGUCACCUUUUGGAACCCUUGUCUGUGCCUGAGUCUACAGGGCUAGGAGGAAUACAUAUCCAGACAGUCGCUCCAAAUAAGUUCUGAACUUGGAAGAGAGAAUGCUGUGAUUCUGUUGCUCAGGGAAGAGGCUUUCAGAAUGUCCCUGCAGAAAAGCCAGUCAUUACUCCUAUCCAUUUCCACCUGGAUUGGCCUCUCCCACCUGGGCCCUCAAGAGUCAGUGACUGAAGCGCCUUUAUGCCAGUGCAGGGGGAAUAAGAAGUUGUCCUCCCUGGCAGCCUUUAGAAACCCAGAGGUGUACAUAAACACAGCUGAGGCUGGGGUCCUAGGAGGCAGUGAAGAAGAGAUGGGGUUUAAAAGAUUUCAAGGCAGGCAGCUCACAUGGAGAAUGCAGAGACCUAUGCUGAGCAAAGAGAUAUGCUUCCCAAAACCAAAGUUGUGCUCCAUGUCUGCACUGGAGCAAUGAGGAGCUUGUUUCUCAGUGUUUCCUGAAUGACCUUGCACACCUCUUAGGCAAAGGAGUCUUGUGGCCAUUUUAAGUGGGAUCACAAGUAUUUUUUAAAUAGCAAAGGCUUUGAGAAGCCAGAGAAUCCACCAGUAGCUUCUCCACAUCCCAAAACCUGAGGCAACCGUGCUAUAUCCUUUAUAAAUGUUGACUUACUUUUUCUUUUUGAUUUUUAUUUUCUGCUAAUUAAUCAAUGUGUUUGAAAUGUUUUCAUUUGAUGUGAGGAUUGUUCAGUGCAUUUGCCUCUGGUGUGUGGCUCCACAGAGAUGGACAGAAUAAUUAAGAAGUCUCCAGAAAUUUGUCAGCUGGGAGCAUGCAAAGGUUAGCAUUUCAGUAAAAGAAUUUCUUCUGGAACUAAUGAGCGAUUUUUUUCUCUUCCUUUUAAGAAGUAUACACUUUUCUUAUUUAGUAAUUUAAUGAUAUAUUAAGAUGUGUUUAUGUAAGUGCUUACAUAUGAGGUAUGACUCUAGGGUUGUGAGUGUAGAAUUUAAUAUGCAGAAAAUCCAAGUGUUUCAUCUCACCCCACCUUCCUUUGAAAGGUGUCCCUUUGAGAGACUAUGUCAUCAUGACUGCAGUGCUGUCUAAGUCAUGAAAACACUUUGGGAACUCCUCUGUUAGAGAGACCUUUGGGGCCUGGCAUGUUCCUUUGAUUCUCUUUAGAGGUGAGGAGUCUUUAUCCUUUGAAGACAGAUUUAAGUUUUAGACAUAAUCCCAAGUUGUUGACAGCACAGGUGAAUGAAUAAAGAUGGCCAUUAAAGUAAGUCGCUUCAUUCUUGUUUCUAAAAAAAUGAUCUUAUAGUGUCUUGGAAUGAGUUUUGGAUUCAGAGCCUCUCAAAGUGCCCAUUCAAGGAAGGACAGUACUCAGCAGAAUGUGCAGCUUCUAGAGGAUUCUUUUUUAGAAGGCUGUUCUCUUGCCAUGCCUCGUAUGUGUUCACGUCUCUGCAUACACGACAGAUGUAAGUGCAUAUUCGUUAGUAUGAAUAUCUGGUAGGUAUUCUUUAAAACCGAGUUAGACUUAAGAGCAUGUUAUUGUCAUGUAUGCUGUGAUUGAGGUGUUUCUUUGUCAUGGAACUUUUCUUCUUCACAGAGUUAAACACUGUCCUCUAUAUAAGGCAGUACAUAUACAGCAUAUUCUUGUAUCAGCUGCUGAAGUUUUGACGCCCAGUGUUGUGUUGACAUGUGAUUUUUGCCUAGGACUCUGUUCUCAGAUAGACACCUGUGAGUAUUUAUUACGAAGCAGAAUGUGAGCAGAUUUAUCCGCAGUGGUUCUAUUUAAAUCAAGGUGGUUUUCCUUUUAGGGAGGGACACUGGAACCUCCGACUCAAAGAGGCACAUAAUAGAAUCUGUGUAAAAUUCUGUGACACCCUGGUGAGUCUGGUGCCGCCAGACUGAUGGCACCCUGGUGCCACUGCACCCCCUACUGAGUGUGUGCUUCGCUGUGCCUGGUGGCCGUGUACCGUGUUCCUCCCAUAGAAUCUGGCCUCUGAGUGUGACCUUUUGUCAUCUUCGUUUUGCUGGUCUGCAUUGAGGGGUGGCGUACAGCCAGAUGGAUCUGUGUACAGAGUGGGGGGAGACCCAGAACAUGGUGUGUCCCCCACAGCAAAUGUGGAUGCUGUCGGUCAGCCAAAGAUUUUCCUAUUCUUUGCUGCUUAAACUUGUGCCUUAUUAUUGUAUAUAAUAAAUGGAUAAAAUGGC